AGGAAGGGGGGGGGGCAGGGAGGAGCCAAUAUCACGUGAACUCAGGGCUACAAUUAGCAAAGUUGAAGCAAAGGGAAAGACAGACAGACAGACUUUCUGAAACAAGUCACCCAUCAAGAGAGAAAGAGAGAGGGAGAGAGAGAGAGACCAGUGCGUGUCAGAAACACUCAGAGAACCAACUGGAGAGUUCGAUGCAAACUCACACACUCUGCAUCAUUCCGCGCCUGGAUACUGUAGAUUAAAAACUUUGAAACCUCCCCCCCCCCCCCCCACCGCUUCCCCUCAGGGCUCCUGAUUAUUCUGGCUUGGGCUGUGAUAUUUUUUCUCUCUCUCUCUCACCGACGAAAAGAAUUCUUGAAAGAGUGGAUAGAGUUGGUGGGCUGGUUCAACACUUAAAGAGAGAGAACGCGAAAGCGGCGAUGAACUCGUGCUAAAACCGACGAAAAUUAAACCAGAAAAGCAGCAAAACGACCACUGAACGUAAUCUCAAACUUCUAUUUCGAAAAAAAAGAGAGUUCCCGUCUGCUGGCCCGGAACUACGACUUAGAAAAAAAUGUAUCCGAGUUUAGCGUUAACAGCAAACCAUGGACAAGCGGCCUAUUCCCACGACGCGCACGGUAACUUCAUGCAUUCGUCCACCGCCUCACCGGUGUACGUGCCCACCACCCGGGUGCCUUCCAUGCUCCCGAGCUUACCUUACCUGCAAAACUGCGACUCAGCACACCACCAGAGCCACCACCUGAGCAGCCACACGGGUUGGCCCCAACCAGGCGCCGAGGGGACUGGUUUCAACCCCAGCAGCCCACAUCCCACCACCACCUUCCCCUACACCCACAGCCCUCCUCUCAGCAGCAGCGCCUCCAGGGAAGCGGCUUACAGCACCAACCCCCUGCUCCUCGGCUCCGGGGGCAGAGAGCAGUAUGGCAAUGCGUUGGUUCGCUCUGUCGGUGGAUCCUAUUCCAGCCCUUACGCUACCUAUGUGGGGCCCGAGAUGACUUCAGCCCCGUGGCCUCCCGGGCCCUUCGACAGCAGCAUGCUUCACAGUUUACAGGCGAGACAGGCCUCCAUGUCUGGGAGGAUAACCAGUCUGGCAGAUCUACAGGAAGAGAUUCCCGAGGGCCGCGAGUGUGUGAACUGCGGUUCGAUGUCCACCCCUCUGUGGAGACGGGAUGGGACUGGUCAUUACCUGUGUAACGCCUGCGGAUUGUAUCACAAGAUGAACGGGAUGAACCGUCCACUCAUUAAACCGCCGAGGAGACUGUCAUCGUCCAGGCGUGCGGGUCUGUGUUGUACAAACUGCCAUACCUCCGCCACCACUCUCUGGAGAAGGAAUGCUGAAGGGGAGCCAGUAUGCAACGCAUGUGGACUCUACAUGAAGCUACACGGGGUACCCCGACCGCUGGCCAUGAAGAAAGAAAGUAUCCAAACAAGAAAAAGAAAGCCAAAAAACGUGAACAAAUCUAAAGGAUCUUCAGGCUCAACGUCAGGCACCAAUUCCCCAUCUUCUAUAUCAAACUCUGAAAAUGCAUCAACUGUCAAAAAUGAUUCUGAUCUGGCUUCAUCUCCAUUUGCAGGUCAAACUGUUGUGUCCGUGUCUCAGGCUCCACGCACGGCGAUGAUGAGCCGAGAAGACGGUUUGAAUCCUGGCCCUUCACAGCUGAAGUUUUUACCCGAAGAUUAUUCUUAUACCUCAGCCAGCAUGACCCCACAGACUGGAGUUAAUCUUCCACUCAGACAAGACUCUUGGUGUGCCUUAGCACUGGCGUAAAGCAUGGGCUUCCUUACAGCUUUUGGGUCAGCCUUUCUAUGUUGUCGAUGGAUGGACAGCCCAGAACCCACAAGGAUUUGGAACACCUAACUUGAAUCCACAUGAUUUUUUGUGUACUUCUAGAUGGUGCCAUGCCUCAAGAAAUUGUGUUGCAUUGUCCAUUUCAACAAGCUCUCUCGGUUCCUGAUCUGGGUUCAAGUUUUAUUUGUGUUGGUGAAUCAAUAAUUAUCAACAUCCCUAGCAACAAAGAGAGCUUGUGUAACAUAUACUGUUCAUCUCAGAAGUCUGAAUGAAAUCAAAACUUUCUUUUCAAAGUUGACGCCUUGUAAACUAUUUGUGAGUGCAAUUAUUUCAGAAAAUCAGUAAAUAAAAGACUGAUCCUCUUUGGCUGAAUAACUUAAUAAUUUAACGGGAAAGUGUGAACAGAAAUUAGUCUAUGUUAAAUUGAAAUAUCAGUUCUUUUUACGGACAAAUAUUUCACUAGAACAUUUCAAUAUUGUAUUAAAAAUGCGGUCAGUUCCAUUGUUUUUGUCUUAGAACUUGUUAAAAUAUUUCGGCUUUUUUAAGAUGAAAAUCAAUUCAUCUAUAAAUAUUAAAAAAAAUGUAACUCAAAGCUUCCAGUCUCUACACAGGAAUGUAGAUAGAUUGUUAAUGGGUAAGAAAAUUCAGCGACAUUUGGCAUGUGUGUAACAUUAUAAAAUGUUAUUUUAACAACGCUAAUGGUUUGCAUAUUUAAAAGAAACACACACAUAUGCUGUAUUUACCUUUUGAGACACUGUUUUAAAAUACGCUGUGAAUAAAAAUAAUGAUCAUAAAA